AUCUAUGGUGGUUAUAAUAUCAAUAAUUGAUUUAAUCAUUUUACCAACUUCUCACUUUAGAGAGUCAAAUCUAUGUAUAUUUUAUGUGAACUUAUAUUUUUCCCAAUAGAUAUUGCAGAUAAUUAUGGUCAAAUGCAGUUGAUGUGGACCAAAUCACGGCCACAGAGACAUAAAAAAUCAUGAUCACGAUGUAGAAGGAAGAGGUUUUAGGCUUUCUGAGUUUCUAGUGUUGUAAGUUUAUUGCCAAAUUGACAAGAGUCGAAGAUGACGGUGAGUUCUACAAGCAAGGAUGCUCGAGAUCUUUUUGGCGCUCUUUGGUCUGCUUAUUCUGCAACCCCCACAAAUCUCAAGAUCAUUGAUCAGUAUGUUGCGUUCGCUGUCUUCACUGCCGUCAUCCAGGUAGUUUACAUGGCUUUGGUGGGAACAUUUCCAUUUAACUCCUUCCUGUCAGGAGUACUUUCUUGUGUAGGGACUGCAGUUCUGGCUGUUUGUCUCCGAAUCCAAGUGAAUAAAGAGAACAAGGAAUUCAAGGACAUUGCACCCGAGCGGGCUUUCGCUGAUUUUGUUCUCUGCAAUGUGGUGCUCCAUUUGGUGAUCAUAAACUUCCUUGGUUAAAUUGGGUUUGAGUGGCUUUGCUUUUUUCCAACAAAAAAGGACUCGUGGAUCCAAAAGAAGAUAAAAAAUUAGAACAGAAUCCUGGGAUAGUAAAAAUAACUAACAGUACUAUACCUGGAUAUUUGGUAUAGUAUUUAUUUUAAAGUAUUUACUCUAGUUUUAUAUUGAUUCCGCCACCACUACCCUUUGGCUUUUUUGGGGAUUUUGUUUGGACAGAGGGAUGCUAGGUGUUUACUCUGCAAUCUUUUAAGCUGCUUAUUGAAUGGUGAAUUUCACCACAUGUUCACGUCAAUUAUCUAAAUCUGAGCAAGGUGUACACAUGUAGUCUUCUGAACAAAAUUGAAUUUCUUUUUUGGUGGUUAGAAUCCAUUAAUGACUCUGCACCUAGUUCAAGCUUCGUGUCCACGAAUAACUUAUACCGAGCAAAACAUGGAAAAUAGCCAGCAUAAUUUUGGAACAAAUUUGAAUGAUGAUAUGUUAAAACUGCUUCUUAGUCCAUCUAAACAAAAGGAAUGUUCGAGCAAUUCCAAUGGGGAUUUAGGUAUUGUCUGUGAGUUGAUUUUUGUUUCUUGAUUGUUGGUUAUUUUCCCAGGUGAUUCUGUUCUUUUUUUUAAUUACAAAAGUUGCAUUUCUCUCUUAAGAAUGAAUUGCUUUUAUUGGAACUUGUUCUUCACUCUGACUGUCAUAUGGAACACUUCAACCAUAAACCAUUGAAAAGCAUAUGAACCUUCUCAUGGAGGUGCUCUUAGAAGCUUGUAUGAAUGAGAUGGAUGAACUAAUUCUUACUUGUACUAGAUUUAUUGUUUAAAAAAUUCAUGAUUAUUGCAAGAUUAUUCAAUACUUUUCCACAA